ACUUGCUUUACUUGGAAACAAUUUAAAGACAACAUCGAGAUCUCUAUUAGACUAUAAUAUUACUAUACUAUACUGAUAUACUCUAUAGACACAGACUCUAGAUCCAAUAGAAGUCUAUGACUAAGUCUAUAUUAACUAGAGUAUCAAUAGUAGAAAAUAGGUCUACAGCGAAGUCACAAGUGGCGAAGAAAAUCUUAGAUCUAAAUGGCUAGAACAAAUCAAAAACGAUCAUCCCCACAGAAGAGGCCUGCUACUUCAAGUUCCAGCAGCAGUCUUAACACAAGUGCUAGCGGCUCAGCGGCUCACAGACCAAGGGUAUCCAGAGUUGAGCCAGCUAAAAAAGGUAUUGGUAAAGGGAGGGCUGCAUACCCUGUUGCUCAUGCCACAAAGCGGAGGCGACCUGGUCAAGUAGCACUUAUGGAAAUUCGCAAAUACCAAAAGUCAACAGACCUUCUUAUACGAAAAUUACCUUUUGCUCGAGUGGUGAGAGAAGUCGGCAUGAGUAUCUUGAGAGACAGUUUAGGAACAUUAAAUUGGCAGUCCAUGGCAAUCAGUUGUCUUCAAGAAGCAUGUGAGGCCUAUUUGGUACGACUGUUUGAAGAUGCCAAUUUGUGCUGCAUCCAUGCCAAGCGCGUCACUCUUCAACCUAAAGACAUAUGGUUGGCCAUGAGAAUUGGAGGCUACUACGACUCAAGAUCCUGAAGAUACAUGAUUUUAGACAUGCAUUUUUAACUGUAUAUAUCUUUGGUGAUGUCUGGUUAAACUGAGUACAACAUAAUGGCCUAACGCUUUGAUAAUGGCAGACUUAAAUGCCGAAUAAUAAAGAUCUAUACUAUGAAAUAAGUGGUUGAACUAGGUAUGUUAAGUAACUUUGUAAAAUACAUAUUUACAUGUCCAUGUGUUAAAAUUAAUGUAGCUGAUUUUUAAUACAUACCUAAUAACCAUGCUUAUGAUAUUUUAAUAAGAGCAAUGAAGAGCGUCAUAUUUUUGAACUAAAUUUUUUUAUUUCUUUGGUUCAGCCAUCAUGCUCAUUACAAUCUUUAAAUUUAUU